AUGGUAGUGAUUACUGAAAGUCAGUUGUUUAACAUAGUUAACAACUGCGACAAUCUUCCAGCUGAUGGUGAAACACAAGAGGCAGUCGUUAACCACAUCAACGAGAUGACCGAAGAUCGCAACGAGGCAGCGAUGUUUGUCGCUCAUAUGAUCUAUGAGAGUACUGGUUUCAGAGUCAUGCGAGAUUAUAACCGAGGAGCUGGUCAACCAUGCGGUAAAAUUUACUAUAGCCGAGGAUACCUCCCGCUGAUGUGGGAAAACAAUUACCGGGCAGCAUCGCAAGCUCUUUUCAACGACAAUAGGCUAUUUGAUAAUCCGGAUUUGGCAGCGGAGAGCCCGGAGAUGUGCAUGCGUGUGUCGGUGUGGGUCUGGAAGGAGCGAGUACGCCCGCAAGCUGCUCCGUUUGAUAAUUUCUACGCCACGACUAAGGCUAUAAACGGUGACGAGGAAACGAGUUCCAGCCAUCCAGCAGCAAAGGAACGCUAUCGGUUUUAUGAGACAGCCGCUAGAUAUUUGGAGGUGACCCCAAUACCUGAAGGAUAAUCAACCAUUGUGCCAACCAUUGAGAGACCAAAUAACAAUAGAUAAUAGCAGGUGAAAAGUUUGCAUUCCUUCGUGUGUGUCUUUGUCUCCUCAUAAUGGUUGGAAUACCCUUACAAAUCAGGAAUUGGCUUUGAAUAAAGGAAACUUCAGCGAAUUGCAAAUACAGUUAGAGAAUAAGAAUAGCGAGAGCAUUUCUAGUGAA